GGUCUUGGGAGGAGGCCGCCUGCCACAUCUACCUCCAGUCCCCACAUCCCGGGAGGGAGCUUGCAUUUCUGUCUUGACUCUGCCCAGGCGGGGCUGCAGCGCGGACUGGGCUUCCACCUGCCGAAGCCACGUGGCAAGAGAAGGGUCUACCUGUGAACUUCUCCUUUCUGGCCCCCUGCACCUUCGUGUGCCAGGCUGAGGGGUAGCGGCGUCACGGUUUGCUCACCCAUCUCCGCACACCUGUGUUAGAAUCUGGGCUGGAGGAGUUCAGCUGGUGGGAGGCUGCCUGUCGGAGGGCAAGAAGCUGCCUGAGGACUGGCCAUGAGGGCUGAGUUUUAUGCGUGAGCAGAAUGGAGGCUGACCUGUCCGGCUUUAACAUCGAUGCCCCCCGCUGGGACCAGUGCACUUUUCUGGGGCGGGUGAAGCACUUCUUCAAUAUCACGGACCCUCGUACCGUCCUGGUACCAGAGCGGGAGCUGGACUGGGCCAAAGGGAUGGUAGAGAAGAGCAGGAUGGGGACUGUGCCCCCAGGCACCCAAGUGGAGCAGCUGCUCUACGCCAAGAAGCUGUAUGACUCGGCCUUCCACCCCGACACCGGGGAGAAGAUGAACGUCAUUGGGCGGAUGUCCUUCCAGGUCCCCGGCGGCAUGAUCAUCACGGGCUUCAUGCUGCAGUUCUACAGGACGAUGCCGGCAGUGAUCUUCUGGCAGUGGGUGAACCAGUCCUUCAAUGCCUUAGUCAACUACACCAACAGGAAUGCGGCUUCCCCCACCUCGGUCAGGCAGAUGGCCGUUUCCUACAUCACAGCCACAACCACGGCGGUGGCCACUGCCGUGGGCAUGAACAUGCUGACAAAGAGAGCUCCACCCCUGGUGGGCCGCUGGGUGCCCUUUGCCGCUGUGGCUGCUGCCAACUGUGUCAACAUCCCGAUGAUGCGACAGCAGGAACUCAUCCAGGGCAUCUGCGUGAAGGACAGGAACCACAAUGAGAUUGGCCACUCCCGGAGAGCUGCAGCUGUAGGCAUCACCCAAGUGGUUAUUUCUCGGAUCACCAUGGCAGCCCCUGGCAUGAUCCUGCUGCCGGUCAUCAUGGAAAGGCUGGAGAAACUGCGCUUCAUGAAGAGAAUCCGGGUCCUGCACGCCCCAUUGCAGGUUCUGCUGUCCGGGUGCUUCCUUAUCUUCAUGGUGCCAGUGGCAUGUGGGCUGUUCCCGCAGAAAUGCUCCGCAGUCACCUGCUGCAGGUCUCUGUGUUCUGAGCACCGUGCCUGUAAUCCUGGAGAAGACAGAAGUUUAGCACCAGGCAGAAUGAAGUCAGGGCUCAACAGAAGUAAAAGCAACAUACGGUCGUUGAAUUGCCAGUUUCCUAUCUGGAACCAGAGCUCCAAGACACCAUCAAGGCCAAGUACGGAGAACCUGUGCCUUUUGUCCACUUCAAUAAGGGUCUCUGAAUGCCCCACCCCAGCAAGGACCAGCCCGUACCCACAUUCAGCGGCUCCUCCUUAACCACUGUGGAUUCCCGUGCCUUCGUUCCUCUUUGCCGACAGGGCCUGCGGGCCGGGGUGGGGGUGGGAGGAUGCCUCAUGCUUAAUUGGACUCCAGGGGAUACAAGUGAACAAGGGGAGAGGCCAGGUCUUCUCUGUGUCCUCCCCAACCCCCAUCCCCUGGAGACCAGGUGCUGAGACCCCCUCAGGGAGAAGGUGCUGGGGCCUGGGGGUGACACUCAAGCAAACCAAUUGGAACAAUUAGGAAACCUUUGGGAUUCUACUUUGAGCCGGGAUUGAGGAAGGGCCCCUCUUGCUCCUCAUCUGUUCCCUGCAGUUCUGGCUCCCUCAGGAAGGGGCAGGGACGAGGUGACCUUGGGGCUCCUCCUUGCUCUUCCCUGCCCUCCUCCCCAGGGCUCCCUGGUCAGAAGGCUUCUUUGGGAGUCUUGCUAAACUUGAGUUUAUCAGGCACCCAGGAGUGUUUAGUGUAAAAAAAAAAGGCCUUUGUGUGAGGCAGCAGUUUCAUGGUGCUUCACACCCUGUCUGUUGACACUGGCUUUGUUCUCCCGCCCUAAAAUCAUAUCUGAUUCUCCUUCAUUGUGUCUGAAAGAUAAACCCACUGACUGUGAGUAAAAAGGAUGUAGGUAGGCAUUAACCACGCAUGUCAGUGGGUAUAAUUUCCUGGCUCCCUCCCUUCCUCAGUCCAUUGGGUUAAACACCGAAGAAAGAUUGGUGUGUACUGAAUAGGAAAGGGAAGUUUUAUUUGGAUGCCUCUGACAGGAAAUCAACCAGGACCAAAAGAGCCUUAAAGGACACACAGCAAACACAGCUGCUUGCCCUUCCCAGCCUGGCUGCUCUAGGUGAUUUCUCAAGCCCUUGGGGGCUGGGGGGCUGUUGUGGCUGACCUGGGGCCAAUGUCUGUAUGAGUUUUGUCUAGUAGAAUUUACCGACCGAUCAAAGGAUAUCACUGUGAAUCGAAUACAUUUCUUGAAAGAGCACGAUGAACUGUGUACACACUGAGUUAAUAAAGCCUGGGUGGAAAGCAGGAUCUGGUCUUACCGUGGCUUUGGCAUGGAGGAGGGUAUCACAACUAUGAGGGGAACCUGUCUGGUGCCCAGAACCCAUUGUUCAUCUUUGUCACUGAGGAAAAUCCACCUGGCUUUUUGCUUGAGGCGCCAGAGGUCUCCCAGUGGGGAGUGAAGUGCUCCCGGGUGGGAGUUGACAAACCAUGGCCCGAGGGUCCAGGUCUGCUUGUUAUCUGUUUUGUGUGCCUGGUAACUAAGAAUGGCUUUUACAUUUUUUAAAGGUUGUGUAAAAGAAAAAGAAUAAUACAUGAAACACUGUGUAUGUGGCAUACAAAGCCUAAAAUAUUUACUCUCUGGCCCUUUACACAGAAAAUAUCCCCUACCCUGGAGUAAUGGUUUAAGAACGUGCGUGAAGUUCCCCUGGAGGGCUUCUCAACACAUGGAUUAUAGGGCCCCAUCCCUAGAACUUCUCAUUAUGUGCAUCUGGGAUGGAGCUGGUGAAUUUGUAUUUCUGGUAAUUUCCCAGUGGUGCUGAUUCUGUUGGUCUGGAAACCACUUUGAAGGACCACUGCUGUAAAGAGAAGGGGCCUCCUCCCUGAAGUCAGGGUACUGGCUGCAAUUGGGUUUUGCCCCCAUUUUAAAAAAAUUAAAAUAUAAUUCACGUAACAUAAAAGUCAUCCUUUUAAAGCAUACAGUUCAGUGUUUUUUUUAGCAUACUCACAAUAUUGUGCAAUUGUCAUUACUCUCUAGUUCCAGAAUAUUUUCACUAUCCCUGAAAGAAACUCUGUACUCAGUAGUCACUCAUUAGCCUCAUCUCCCAGCUCCUUGCAACUCCUAACCUAUCUUCUGUCUCUAUGGAUUUACCUAUUCUGGAUAUUUCAUAUAGAUGGACUCACACAGUAUGUGGCCUUCCAUGUCUGAUUUCUUUUGCUUAGCAUAAUAUUUCCAAAGUUCAUCUAUUCUGUAACAUGUACAAUUUAAUUUUGGCUGAUGUCUGGGCAGAAAAGUCUGUGUCUUGGAGCUGGCUUCCUUAGGACAGCAGAUCUGCCUUCAGCUUUGCUCAUUUCCAAAGGCGAGUAGGAAAAACAUUACCAGAGCUAGCCAGAGCUUAGAAGCAAUUCUGAACUGAUGUUCUUUCAAGAAUCCACAAUCUUCUCCUUUCUUUCCCAGCUCCUUAAGCCUCCUGGCAUUCCUCCUCUCUUCAUAGGCAAUUACUCUUUUGGAAAAGUCUGGAGUGGAUAGUGGUUGCAGUUCAGAGGCAGAUUCAAAAGAGUUCACUCAAACUGCAACUCAGCUCUAUCUUGUAAGGCCUCUCUGCUUUCUUUGAGCUGGCUCCUGUGGGAUAUGGAAGGAGGUGAUUAGGGUGACUAAAAUGCCUUGGCAUGAGAAGUGCUAAUCCAGACUGGGCAGGGUGUAGUGUUUGUCCUGUCCAAUAGCUCAGUUCAAGCUCUCAGGUAAAGGGAGAAAAGGAAUUUGGGACAGAAUCCCCUUCUGUUUGCCAAAUUGAAGCCAACUUUUUUUCUUUUGGAGGAUAGUUGAUUUACAAUGUUAUAUUAGUUUCAGGUGUACAGCAAAGUGACUCAGUUAUACGUAUACAUAUAUCCACUCUUUUUUUAGGUUCUUUUCCCAUAUAGGCCUUUACAGAGUAUUGAGUAGAGUUCUCUGUGUUAUACGGUAGGUUCUUCUUAUUUUUUAGAACAGUUAGGAGUCUCAAUAAGACUAUUAUAUAUUGAGACCCAGGUAGUAUUUUUUUUUUUAAUGUUUAUAUAUUUAGGCUGCUCUUGGUCUUAAUUGCGGUAUGCAGGAUCUUUGCUACAGCAUGUGGGAUCUUUUUUUAAUUGCAGCAUGCAGACUCUUAGUUGUGGCAUGCAUGUGGGGUCUAGUUCCCCUACCAGGGAUUGAACCCAGGCCCCCUACAUUGGGAACACAGUCUUAUCCAUUAAAUCACCAGGGAAGUCCCCAGUAGGUCCUUAUUAGUUAUCUUUUUUGUAUAUAGUAGUGUGUAUAUGUCAAUCCCAAUCUCCCAAUUUAUCCCUUCCCCCCCAUCCACUGGUAAUCAUAAGUUUGUUUUCUACAUCUGUGACUCUAAUUCUGUUUUGUAAAUAAGUUCAUUUGUACCCUUUUUUUAAGAUUCCACA